AUGGAUCGCCCGUCAGGUUUUGACGUAGAUGACAACUCUGGCCGCGGGUACGUUUCGUGGAUACCCUUGGUUGAAAUUGGAACAGGCCAGUGCGGCACCGUCUUCGCGCUCCCUGGCUCUGUCCCCUCUGGUUUCGCUGCCGUCGCGAAAAUCCCCAACGAGGAAGAAAAGUUUGAUCAGCUGGUGAACGAUUGUGCAAUACAUCGACGUGUUCUCGACAAUUUCCAAGGCUGCGAUCCUGCUCUCGCCAAAGACAUCAACAUCCUGCGCGUCGCCACAUGCGUUAGCGCCGACAUGCAGAGCUUCUGA